AUGGGGAGCAAAGAGAUGAACGUGGUGAGGGGUUUGGAUAUAGAGAGGUACAUGGGCAGAUGGUAUGAAAUAGCUUCUUUCCCGUCGAGAUUUCAGCCCAAAAAUGGCGUGGACACGAGGGCUACCUACACUCUCAACCCAGACGGCACUGUCCAUGUCCUUAACGAGACUUGGAACGACGGCAAAAGGGGCUUCAUCGAGGGCACCGCCUACAAGGCCGAUCCCAAGAGUGAUGAGGCCAAGCUCAAGGUCAGAUUCUAUGUGCCCCCUUUUCUCCCUAUAAUUCCGGUCACCGGCGAUUAUUGGGUUUUGUACAUCGACCACGAUUAUCAGUAUGCUGUCAUUGGUCAGCCUUCCAGGAGGUAUCUUUGGAUACUGAGCCGGCAGCCUAGGCUCGAUGAUGAAACCUACAACCAGCUUGUUGAGAAGGCUAAAGAACAAGGGUAUGAUGUCGGCAAGCUACACAAAACGCCCCAUUCGGAUACACCCCCAGAAAGUGAGAGUGCACCGAAUGACACAAAGGGGAUCUGGUGGAUCAAGUCUAUUUUCGGGAAAUGA